AUGGCUAGGAAGAUUUUACUAAUUUUAAUUAUUAAUACUAUUUUAUCGCUUUGCUAAGAUAUUUAUCUUAAAUCUCCCUAAAAUUAGAAUAUAAAGACAAAUGAUGCUGCUGAAUAAAGUGAUAAUUAAAAUAAAAAUAGUUCAAAAGGCGCAUCAAAGUCUACUUAAUAUUAUAAUGAUAUUUAUAGUAACAAUUAAAGGAUAAUAGAUGAAACUGAAUGUCCAAGAGUAUCUAAAUUUUUAGAUUUGAUAGAAGAAAACUAGACUUCUUUAAUUUAAGUCUCAGCUCUUGACCAUAUUGAAAACUCCAAUAUUCUCAUUGUUGGUACUCAAAGUGGAGAUAUAGAGCUUUGGGAUUUUCAGACUAGGGAUAUUUUAUCCAGAUUUAGUGUUAACAAUUAAGGAGCUUCAAUAAAAUAAAUUAUGUAUUUAUCUGACUUAGACAAAAUUCUAGUUUUAUAUGAUGUUCCCCUGUCAUUAUCAAAUGACAACUAAAGCUAGUAUUCCAUUGUUUUAUGGGAUCCCUAAACAUAACGUUAAGUUAUUUAGUUUCCAAAGGCAGAUAAUUUUUCUGUUAAUCUAAAAUAGCUAGGUAAUAAAGUGAUAGAUUUGCAGGUUAAAAGCUUUACUGAAACAUCUUCAAAUAAACAAAGCUCUUUAAAUGUUAAAAUCGUUACUAUUUCAGAUACUUCAAUAUUUAUUUUCUCAAUAAACUAAAAUUUAAAUAUUAACUGUUAAUAGACUGUGCUAAACAAAAAUUAUAUUUAGGAUUUACCACUAAAGGUAUUUAUCACUGAUAACAACAUGUAUACAAUAUUUACAUAGAAUGGACUUAUUUAAUAUAACUAAAACUUAAAUUCAUAUACUGCUUUAUUAUAAGUUUAAUAAAGCCAUUAUAUAGAGUGUUUGUAUUUCCCAAAUUAGCUCAAAUACAUUUUGCUGAAAGAGGGCGACUUAUCUAUGUAUUUAUUUGAUUAAGAUUCUUAAAAAGAUUAGCUUAAAAAAAUCACAGAACUUAAUUCUUUAAAGAGUUAUUUUUAAGCUUAAAAUAAAACUUUAACUAAAGAUUCAGCUAUAAAAAUUGUCAAAAUUUAAAAUAAUCAGCCAGAGUUCUUUUUAUUAUUGGACAAUAAAACUUUGAUGUAUAUAAACUACGAAGAUGAUAAAAUCCUAGAAGUAUUUAAUGUAGAAAACUCAAAAGUAAUUGCUCCUCUCAAAAAUUCCCCUUCAUUUUUCAUAGCAUUAGCUGAUGGAUCUAUUAGUUUUUACAGACAAACUGUGUACUUAGGUGAAAUAAAUCUUCAACAGUAAAAUCCCUAUACAAUCCCCAACUAAUUAAGAAGAUCAAUUAGUAUUAAUUAUCAAAAUUAAUCUCAAAAAAAUAAAAAUCACACUAAUUAUUAUAACUAUAUAUCUGAAAUGCAAAAUAAUAACUUUACUGUCUAUCAUCUCUCCUUUUAGACAAUAAGUCAAAUUAUUAAUUAUCCUAUUCCAUUUUCAGAUGACUACUAAAUCGCAGAUUUUCUGGUUAACUUUAAAUCAAACAUUGCUUACUUCUAUAAACCAUAACAAUAAAUGCUCUUUAUCUGUAGAAUCAAUGAUUUAGAAAAGUGCAUAUCUAAAUAGUUAAGUAUGAACAAUAUUAUCAAGAGCGAGUCAUUUGAACUUAAAAUGAGAAAAUUCAUUCAUUAUAACUAGAAAGGAGGAGUUUUAAUAGUAAAUGAUAUGAAUAGUAUCUAUAUUUACUCAAUAAAUGAAGGAAUAGAUGUUAAAUUAGAAGAUCAUCUAUAGCUAGUUGUUUAUUAGAAGUUUGUAUCCAAAUCUCAAACGCCAGCAAUAAUUAACACAAUAAAAUAAAGAUAUUAAGAUUAAAAUGAUUCUAUCCUUCUAUUUUUUGGAAAUGAAAGCAAAUUUUUUAUUUAUGAGUACAAAAUUUCUGUUAAAAGUUUAAUUUUAGUUUAAGAGUUUACCAUCAGCUCUUCUGACAGUAAAAUAGUUGCAAUAGAAGUUUUAUAGAAUGAAUAAUUAGUGGUUAUGCAAUUCAUUAAUAACAAAUUUAGAUUUUUUAAUUUGAUGACAAAAAAUUUUGAAAAGAAUGAAAUAAAAUUUGAGUAACAGAGCAAUUCAUUUGCCAAUUAUGAUUUUUAGCUUUAACUUGAUUUAAUAAGAAUAGAAGGAUCUCCUCAUAUCAUUUCUCAAUUAAAUAAUAAGAGAAUUAUUACUUUCAAUUAUAAAACAGAAUAAAUUCACUUUAUGAGUGAUCCACUGAAUAGUUAUGUGUAUUAGUUCAAAAUUGAUUAUUUAUAACAAAUUUUUUAUGUAAGCUAGUACUCUUCAACAGAAAAUAUUUAAUAUUAUGAUUUGAUACUCCAACGACCUUAUCUUUAAUUUCGUUAGGAAAGAGGAAAAAUAGAAAAAGCAUAACUUUUUGCCUUAAACGGUUAGUUUUUGAUCUUACAGCACUAUGAUUACAGCUUUUGGGUAGUAGAUCUCGAAAAAUAAAAUUUUAAACCAGAGAAACUUUUAUAAUAUGAAUAAGAAUAACCAAACUAAAAAGUAGCUUUCUUUGCUCGUUAGGGAUAAUUUACUUUGAUAAAUAAUCUAGGGAAAGUUUAUAAGUACCCUUUUUACAAUUCUCAAAUAACAGGACCACCAGAAAUUAUAGAGUCUCCAUGCCCAAACUGUUAGUUUGAUGAUUAGAUCAGCAUAAAAAAUACAACUAUUCCUUAUUUAUUUUUGUUGUAUGAUUCUCUUCAAAUUGUUCUCUACAAUUCUUUACAUAACUCAAUUAUUUGGUACAAGAAGUUUGAUUCAGUUAUUGUAGAUAUUAAAUCUAGCAUCGAAAAUUGUUAAAUUUUAAUUGGGUUUUAAAAUAAAUAAAUUCAUCAAUGGAAUUGCUAAGAUAUUAACAAUAUAUUUUUAUAGAAUUAAGCUAUUUCUUAAGAAGAUAUUGUAAGUAUACAAUAUUCAGUAGAAGAUAGCAACCGAAUUUAUGUAAUAUCUAAAAAUAAGAUAACAUUUUAUAAUAUGAAAAAAAUGUAGUAAAAAGAAUAAGACUAAGCCCAUAAUUUAUUUAAUCACCCAUAAAACGAUUAAAAUGCCAAUAUAGUCUUUGAAUUAAAUGAUUGCCAAAUUCUGAAAUCCUAGUAUUUAAUAUAGCUAGGCAUUCAAAUAUUGCUGACUUCUAAAAAUUAAAUGAUUAUUUAUGGAUUUGGGUAAUAGCAGGUUAUUAAAUUACAAAGUCUUACUAAUGAUCCUUACUCAAUAGUUUUUAUAGGAAAUACAGAAGACAAAACUAAAAUAAUUAUAUCUACUACACAGAAAGUGUGGUUUAUUAAUAUUGGUCCACUUUUUUAAAAUUUAGAUUAUAAAAGCACUAAAAUUUUAGAUUUUUAUAAGGAAGCUAACCAAAUUGUAAACAAUUAAAAUUCAACAAAUACAAAACUAAAAGCUGUUUCUAACUCUCUCAAAUUUAAUAAUGCAUGUUUACUAAAUAUUUACUUUUAAGCUUCUUCAGAAACAAGAUCAAUGAGUGUUUUUGGCUAAGGCUCAAAAUCGGAUCCAUAUUCCCACUUUAGUGCUCUUUAGAGCUUGAUUAUCCAAGUUGGACUUAGCAAUUUAAUUUUUAGUUAUAAAUAAAAUGAAUUAAAUUUGAGAUUCUUUUCCCAUGAUUAAAAUUUGUACCAUAAAAUAUCUAAGAGAGUCAAUCUAUAAAAUUCUGCUUUUACUUAAAUUAAUUUUAUUGGCGAAAAAAAUACUGAAGAUGGAAAAACUGUUUUAGAGAUUGAAGAAGGCUAUGAACUGAAUUAAUACAUGAGUGUGACCUUUAAAAAUAUAAUAUUUAAAAGUAUAGACUUUUCUAGCUCUACAGGUUACAAUAAUUUGAUUUCUAGCCAAACGAAUUACUUGUCAGAUUUGUCUAUUUUACAAUUUUCAGUAUUGAAUAUUGAAAAUCUCAUUUUUGAUAAUGUUAAUUUUGGAUUGUAUUCUUAAAAUUAAAAUGUUCCUAAAUACAUUUAAGUUUUCAACUGCACUAAGCUUUUACUAAAUAAUUCAGAAUUCUAUGGCACAACUUUCUAUAUUGAUAAUGUUUCUAAGUUUUAGGCUUAAAAAACCUUAAUAUUUGGUAUGAAAUCUGACAUGAUUUCUAAUGAAAAACAAUAAGUUAAUUUAUUAAAAAAGAAAGGAAUCAUUUUUUUAAGGUAAGCCUUAAGAAAUAAAAUCGCUCUUAACAAUAAAUUUACCCUUUAGCAAAUAAAUUUAGAAAAUUGUUAACUAAAUUCUAUAAAAAUAUUUGCCUUUGAGUGCUUUGAAGACUAAGCACCUAAUUUAAAAGCGCCGUCUCUUUAUUUGAACGCAACAUAUAUGCAACAUUCUUCUUUAAUUGGGUUGGAUAAUUGCAGAUUCUUACAAGAAUUGGUUAUAAAUAUUCAAACUGUAUCGCUUUUAGAUCUAAGUUAUAAGGACAGUUAAAUUUUAACUGAUGGAUAUAUUUCGAUCAGUAGGAUUGAAAAUAUUCAAAUAAAAAACACAAAUAAAUCAAUUAGUAACUUUGGUUCUUCAGCAAGUUUUUUAGUUUAAUAUUCUAAAGGAGAUACAUAAAUUGGUUAGUUGAUACUAAAGAAUCUUUAUUUAAGUGAUAUUCUCUUAUUUUAGGUUUCUAACAAUUUUAGUAUAGUAAAUACAACAAUAAUAGACUGUAAAUUAUCUUACUCUUAGAUUAUUUUAGUUUAAAAUACCUUAUCUUUUGCUAAUAUUGUUGUAAGUAGAGUGAACAUUACUAAUUCAACAAUCGAAGAUAACUCUAAAUUUAUUUAAAUAUAGUAAACAUUAGCUAUAAAUCUAGAAGUAAACUCACUUUCUUUACUUAAUGUUACCACAUAGUAAUCAUCUCUUAUUUAGGUGAAUUAAGAUUAAUCUUAAAUAGAUGUUAUAAUUAAAGAUUUAUUAAUCAAUUCAUGCUCUUUUUCCUAUUCUAAAAUAUUAGAAAAGGGCAACUAAGUGUAUGUAAACAUAAAUAAAUUGAUCAUUCAAAACAAUACAAAAUUUAUUAAUUCUUUGGUUUUAAAGAGCUCUGCCAACAUAGAAAACCAAAGAGUGAAUCUCCUGAAUAUUCCUAUGUUCAACACAAUUGAACAGUUAGAAAUAACUUAGUCUACAUUCAACGAAUCCAAAGUAAUGGAAAUAAAAGAAUAAGCAUAUUUCUAUAUUUAAAAUCUAAACUUAACAAAUAAUAUAUUUUUUGCCCAAUCAAUAAAUAAUAAUAUUUAAUAGAGUUCACCAUCUACUUAAAAAAUCCCUUUAAGUAUUUUUAAUAACACAAACGAAAAACUUCCUAAUAAGAAUUCAUCUGAUUUACCUUUUUUCAAUAAUUCUAAUUUCCCUUCUGCAACUGAAUAAGAUAAAAUAAGAUACCUGAUAGAGGUUACAAAUAUUAAAAUAUUUAAUACCUCCAUAGUUUCAAAUGAUUUUCAAGGUUACAUUAUUUUCGGAUAGCCAUAAUCAUAAUAAAUCCAAUCUGAAAUUGAACAAAUCUAUCAAAACCUAAACUUCUCAUGUAAUAAAUUUGUUCCGAACUCCAAUUUCAUCUUGCUUGAAAUUAAUUUUAACUCUCUUAAUAGAAAUUCCUCAGUAGAAGUUUCUAACUUUACACUAACAAACAAUAUUAUAGAUACCCUUCAUCCAAAUAUACCAUUAAACUAAUUAGAAGAUGGUAGAUCAUUCUUCUUUUUUGGCUCGGAUAAGCUUGGAAGAGUUUUAUUACAGAAUGGAAUCAUUAAAAAUAAUGAUAAUGUUGGGUUUGUUAAUGUUAAAUACUCUUUGAACGUUGUGACGAUUUCAAAUGUAAAUGCAACUGGAAAUUUAAAUAAAAGUUCUUUGCAAUAGUCAUUUUUGUAAGUGCUUCAUCCUAGAAGAUUCAUUAUGACUUAAUGCCUUUUCGAAAGAUACAAUAUUGUUGGAUCAACAUUUUUAAGUAUCUAAUUAAAUAGACAAUAUUUUUAGCUUUAGAAUAUUACAUCUGUAGACUAGAAAGAAUAAAAUUAAGAUAUAUAAUUUAAGGAAGAUAAAAUUAAGAUUCCUAAAAAUAAUAAUAAUAAUAAAUCAUAGACUAAGAGUUUAAAUGGCAAUCAUACUUUAGAAAAUUUAGAUUAGAAUUCUGUAACUUUAAAAAGUGUGGUGAACAACUUUGCAAAUAAUAAUCAUUAAAUUUCUGAGAAGAGAUUGCUUUAAGGAUUAAAUAAAAAAGAUAUUGAUUAGCAAGAAGAAGAAGAAUAAAAUGACUAAAUGAGAAUCAAAAAUAGUUAAUUUAAUGAAGACUAAGUAAAUUAUCAAAAUAGAAGUUAUGAUUAUGAUGAAGAUACUUUUGGUUUUAUAAUGGAUUCUAAAAGUGAAUUAUUUAGUGAAGUUAAUAUUAAUAGCAACACUGAUGAUUCAAAAGAAGAACUAUAUUUUGUAGUAUUUUUUGACAACAAAUUUAAACAUCUAAUUGCAUAGAAUAUUUCAUAAUCAAUAAGUUCAUCAGUUAUCAACUUGUAAAGUAAUUUGUUAGUCAAUAUAUUUUUAGAGAACUGCUUGUUCCUAUAAAAUGUUGUAACUUCUGGUGAAGAUUAUUAUAGAUAAAGGAGACUUUCUUAAGUUGAAAUUUAAGCCGUGAACUCUAAUAUCUUCCUAUCUAACAACUAGUUUAUUUAUGGGAAAUUUUAAUUACCAAUAACUUAGUUUAUAGAUACUGUCUAUUUCUAUUUAUCUGCUAAAUAUAUUUAGUUCUAGUCAUAUGUCUAAUCAUUUAAUCACUUUAAAGGGUAGUGUGAUGAAAAAACCAUCUACAAUUAUAUGGCAAGUGGGGUUUUAGAAGGGAAGAAUAUUAAAAUUUUAAAUAGCACUUUUAAUGGCACCUGCACUAUGAUUUAGCCUACCCUUUAUAUCAAGCUAUACGAUUAAAGUCUAUUAGAAAUUUCAAAUAGCUAAUUUUUGGAUUUAUAUGGUAUCUAAGAAGGAUCUGGCUUAGUUAUAAAUGGUGUUAUGAACUAGGUUUAAAUUAAUAUAACUAAUAUUACAAUAAAUAGAAUGAGCUGCCCUUCAGCUUAAAGUGAAGGUUUUUUCUUUUUUAGCAAUCUCAAAAAAGGUAGUGUGGUGAAUAUUAAAGGAGUGAAUGCUAAGUAAUUGUACACCUAAAAUGGCUCAUUGGUUAAAUCAUUAAAUGAUAAUAUUUUUAUAAGUUUAAAGGAUAUUAAUAUAGAUAAUUCUUUUGAUGCUGAACUCUUCCGUGAAUUUGUUUAUUUAUAAAAUCAGGUUGACUAUCUUUAAAGCAAAAAAUCUGUAUAAGACUACUUUAACCGUUUAGAAAACGGAAAAUUUUAUCCAAAUUAAGGCUAAGAUGAUGAUAGUAUUAUUAAUAGUGAUGAUGACGAAAUAGGAAUUAAUAACUUUUUUUAAAGUAGUGAAAAAAUAGAAUAUAAUGAUAAAUAGUUUAACAAAAAGAGAUUACUACAAUCUGAAUAAUAGGAUCUACUUGCUGAGAACUCAAACCUAAUGGGAGAUUAGGACUCAUUGAUAGAUUUCUUAGAUGUGAUGAAUUACAUGAUAUUAAAUUAGUAAACUAAUUAAAUUUAAGUAAAACUUUAGCAGAUUGACUCAGGUUAAUUAAUUUAGAUUUUAAAUGCAGAUGUAUUAAAAAUUAUUAAUCUUAAAGUGAGAAAUUAUGGAAUUGCAUUUAGUUCAUAAAACGACUUGAUAUAUAUUUACAACGUUAAAAAUACUUUAUUGAAUAAAUUGGAUAUUCAAAAUAAUGUAUUCUUUUCAUCUGGAGCAAUGAGAGUAUCAUAUUCUUCAGUUAUAGCUAAAAACUCCAUAUUUUCUAAUAACAAAUACUAUGGAUAGUCUCUGAUAUUAUUUAAUUAAUUACUCUUAUCAUAAAAUCACAUCAUAAACUUUGAAAUUAAUUAAAAUAUUUGCAUUAACAAAAUAAGUUGUUUCUCUCCUCUUCUCGGUCAACAAUCUAUUUUGCAUGUUUAAAACACAUUAAUAUCAUAUAAUAAAGGAAAUAAUACUGUUGGAGGUAUAUUUUAUUCUCUUCCUUCAAAGAUAUUUGAUAUUUCAAGCAUCUAGGACAUUUAAUAACAUAAUAAAACAUAAAAAAAUUAAAAUACUAUCAUUUUAAAAAAUCUUACUAUACAAAAUAAUAACGCUUCUUCUAUAGGCGCGAUGGCUGUUGAGUUAGGUGAGGAUUUAAGCUGCAAAGUUUAAAACUCUACUUUCAAAAGGAAUUAUGGAGUCUAAAUAGGUGGUUUGUCGUUGCAGCUUCACGAUCCUAAUUCAAUUUAAUUUGAGAAUAGUACAAUUACAGAAAAUAAUUCAAAGUUUACAGGAGGUGUCAAGAUUUAAAAGUCUUCAACUUUAUAAUUGAGAAAUAAUUUCUCUUAAUUCAUUUAUAACAAUACUCCUAACCAGUUUACAUCAGGGCCUCGCUCAUUUUAGAUUAUCCCUGUUGAAGAUGGUCUUUUAGAAAAUAUAAAUGAAUAAAAUUAAUAAAAUAAAAACUUAAAAUUAGCUCCUGUUAAACUUUUAGAAACAAACCAAACUAAAUCAUAUAAAUUUAUAUAAAAGCAAGAAAAGCUGUAUGAAGUAUAAACUUUUGAUAGCGGAGAUAAUCUACCAUAAUUCUAUUUAAAAUUAUUUGAUGAAAAUGAUUAGACAAUAAUAGGGGAUUAAAUUCCAAAUGUAAAAGUUUAUCUUAGUCCUCAAAGUCAGCUACGAUAAGGCUCAUUUUUGAAAGGAAGUGAUAGCUAUUUUUAUUCUUACAUCGGAUAAAGCUACAAUCCAGACAUAGGAAUACUCUUUGAUUAGUUAUAGCUUUAUGGUUACCCUGGCACAAAUGUAACAAUAAUUUUUAAGCUUUUAGACAUUUAGUAUGAAAAUGCAUCAUCUUUAGUUCCAUUUAGCAGUUCUUCAUAGUUCUACAACUUCACAAUAAAUGUUAACCUAAGAAAGUGUGUUAUAGGUGAGUAUAUAAAAACCAGUCUUAUAACAACUGAAUGUGAAAUGUGUGCAAAGCAAUAUUAUUCUUUAUUAGAUCCUCAUACUAACCAAAAUGUUAAGUGUCUUAGAUGUCCUGAUAAUUGUAAUUGCCCAGGAGGAGAUUAACUCAUUUUGGAGCAAGGGUAUUGGAGAGAUAGUAAUUCAUCUGAUGUCAUUAUAGAAUGCAAAUUUUCAUCUGAUAAUUGCUUAGGAGGCUUAAUGGUUGGAGAUGAAUCAUGCACAAAUAAUAGGAUAGGGCCUCUCUGUGAAAUAUGUGAUAUCAAGCAAGGUUACACAGACCUUUCUGCGAGCUAGUGCUUAAAUUGUAAAAUAAUUUGGCUUGCUUCUCUAAUAAUGGCACUGAUACUGUUAUUUUUCAUAUUUUAUAUUUUUAUAUCAAUCGAUUCUACAGUGAGUCGUAUAAGAAAAUUCCGUAUAUUGUUUGAAUACAGUUCAGCUAAUCACAUCGGAUAAACUUCUAUGCUUGUUAAAUAAUUUGUAAGCUAUCUGCAAGUUCUUUCUAUUAUAUCUUACUUUAGAUUUAAUUUUGGUAAAGAGUCCAUUUCAUCUAUUAUUUAUAAUAUUGGUAAUCCACUGAUUGGUUUCAAUAAUAUUGUGAGCUGCUUCAUCUACUAAUAUUCAAAGAAAUUUGAUAUUCCACAUAUUUAUAUUUCCUUCACUGUUUCUCUUCUCAUACCUAUUUCUUUAAGCUUGGUAGUUUUAAUUGCUCAAAUGAUUAUAAAUUAUCGAAAUUACUACUAUAGAAAGUAUUAUCUAAUCACAAUGAUAUUGGUCAAUUACUUCUAUUUUACUCCUCUUCUACUAUCAAGAGCGAUGGAAUUAAUGAUUUGUAGGCAAAUAGGAAAUGAGAAAUACAUCACAGCUUCCACGAUUUAUAACUGCAAUCUAGAUUCUUUUAGGAAGAUGAACAUAUUUUAUUUUCUUCCUCUUAUUUUUAUAUUACUUAUAGCUAUUCCUGUUUUGAUUAUUUACAGGAUAAAAAUGAGAUUUUAACAAAGUUUGCCUUUGAAAUAUUUCUAGUAUAUCUUAGGUGAUUUUAGAAAGAAAUAUUUCUAUUGGGAAUUUGUGAGAUUUUUCACAAAAAUAGCUCUAGUUUCGUUACCUGUACUAUUAUAGGAAGACAUAAGAACCAUGGGUUAAGUCUUAAAUCUCAUUUUAAUUAUUUAUUAUGCAUCGGUUCUUUAUUUCCACCCUUAUUGGACUGAAAUUUGUUAAAAAAUGGAGCUAAUCACAGGAGCAGCUAUUUUUGUAACUUUCCAUUUCUGCUUGCUCUCAUAUGAUAAAGAUGAUUUCUCUAUUUGGUGGUGGGUAACUAUUAUAGUUAUAUCUCUAACAAAUAUACCUUUGAUCUUUUGGUAUAUUAUUUCCUUCUUUUAGGCAUAUAAGCCUUCUAUAAGUAAAUUCUUCAAUUACAGUCCAAGAAGAAAGAUGUCUGAGAGCGAUGAUCCCCAAGCUAGAGCUCGUUUAUUGUGGUAGCUUGCUCUCUUUACAGUAAAAAAGCAUAUCAAGAAAGAAAAAUUGUAAGCUUUAGAAGCAAUGAAAAAUAAAAAAAGAGCAAAACCUUUAGAUAAUAAUUUUAUGGAUAACUCGUCUUUUAUUACUGGUUAUAGUGAUGCAGAAUAAGUUUAAAAUGAAUAGAAAAAAUCAAAGCUUCUUUGGUGGAGAAGAAGUGGAAGAAGCAGUAAUUAAGGCUAAUUUAAUGAAAACAAACUGAAUUAAUCUAAUUUGAAUCAACCUCUCCUUCAAUAAAAUAGAUACACAAUUAUGGAGAACAAGCUAAGUCAAAAUUCUGAUGAUUAUAACCCUUAUCAUGACUUCAAUUUCUCCUUUUUACCGCAAGAAGAUAAUAAUUUCUCUAAUUAAAAAACAAAUUAAUUUAAAGAAUGA